AUGAACCAACAGCAAUCAGGUGAAAGUAUAGGAACUGAUCAACAAAAUCAGGCCGAAUUUCCGAUGAAAAUGAAAACGAUAAGUUGGAUCAUCAGUGCCGUUGCUGUUGUAUGUAUCAUCACUACAAUUGUCAUUUCCACCACUCUUUUUGUGACAAGAAAAACGAAUAUACCUCUAGCAAAACCGAUCGGACGAAUGGGUAUGGUACGCGAUACAUCAUUUCGAGUGAUGACGUAUAAUAUACGUCUUGAUGUAGCUAGUGAUGGAAUCAAUCGAUGGUCUUUUCGUAAAGAUCGUGUCGUAAAUUUAAUUCGUUAUCAUGCAGUGGAUCUCUUCGGCGUUCAAGAAGCUCUGCCGAAUCAAAUGAAUGAUAUAAAAAGUGCUCUACCGACUUUUGACAGCUACGGUGCUGGACGCGAUGACGGCAAAGAAAAAGGUGAAUUCUCUGCUGUAUUCUAUCGAGCUAGUCGCUUUGAACUACUCGACCAGAACACAUUCUGGUUAUCUGAAACUCCGGAAGUUCCUGGUAGCAAAGGAUGGGACGCUGACGUUACACGUGUUUGCAGUUGGGUGAAACUUCGUGAUCGACUUACUCAUCAAGUCUUCUAUUAUUUUAACACACAUUUCGAUCAUAUUGGUAAAACUGCUCGUCAACAAAGUGCUGAGCUAAUUCUUACACGUAUCGAAAACAUCACGAAAUUUGAUGCACCGGUAAUCCUCACUGGUGAUUUCAAUACCGGUCCUGAUUCUGACCCUUAUCGUGUAAUUGUGAAUAGUUCUGUUCUGCAAGAUGCAAUGAAUUUAACGGAAGCAUCGCACUAUGGUCCCACUAGUACAUGGUCAACUUUCUUUGUAGGUCAAGGCUUAGGCGAUCGAAUUGAUUUCAUUUUUGUUACACCACAAUAUUUCAAAACGAUUCAACAUGCAAUUCUAACAGAUUCAAAUGGUCAGAACUAUCCGUCGGAUCAUUUUCCUGUACUUGCUAAACUGAUGAUUAGUAAUCAAACGCAUGCUGUUUAA